UUCAGCGGGCCAUGAAUAUAACCUUCGCUGAGUUCGUUAACAAAACCCGACUAACCCAGCCCCUAAUCAAUUUCUGCGUGAUUGUGUACAUGGAUGAUAUUUUGGUUUUUUCAAAAACACACGAGUACCACGUGGAACACAUUGAGUGGGUUUUGCAUGCACUAAAGGAUGCGAGGCUCAAAGUGGCCUUGGAGAAAAGCGAGUUCAUCUUGUCGGAGAUCUCAUUCUUGGGGUACAUCGUUACGGUCGAUGGACUAAAACCGGAUCCGAGGAAGGUGGCAGCAAUUCAAGAAGCCCCGGCGCCGGUGACACUCACCCAGGUUCGGGCUUUUCUAGGGCUGGCAUCCUAUUACCGACGCUUCAUCAAGGGGUUCGCCAGUAUAGCGAAGCCCCUCAUGAACCUGCUGAAGAAAGAGGAACAACUGAUCUGGACGCUGGAAUGGGAAGCGGUGUUUCAGGCGUUGAAGGAGGCUCUGACAUCUGCUCCUGUGUUGGCGCGUCCCGACCUGACAAGACCGUUCGCACCGUACACCUACUGGCAGCCUCAGGCGAUAUCGGCGGUGCUGACUCAGCACGGGGCGGACGGAAGGGAACAAGUCAUUGAGUAUGCGUCCAAGACGCUGAGCCAAGCGCAGGCUAAUUACGAAGCGUGCAAAGGCGAAUGCUUGGCGGUGUGUAGUCGGUGUCAAGCGGUCAAGUCCCACGAACAAUGCGUUAGGUACCGAAGUGAAAAGACGUGGGUCUGUCCCAACUCUAGAACGGACCAAGUCCCUACCGAGAAACGGUAUCUGGAUGCACGAACAGCCGAUGGAUUCGCGCCAAGUGUCCGCCGGGCGGAAGUCUGGACGGAUCUUCUGUUGCUACGGAGGCUGUCAGGUGACUCGCUGUCAGAACUUGCCAAUGCCGAGCGGCGGAGAGUCACGGAGCGGGCGCAGGACUAUCGUUGGCAGGGACCGACGUUACAAAAACGAAAGGUCGAUGAUGACGGAGGGUCUAGCUGGUUGACGGUUCCACACCCUCUCGCUAGGUUCGAUUGGACACGAGCCGCUCAUGAAGAGGAUGCGGACCAUUUCGCGGUCAAGUACACGGAAAAAGCCAUCGAGAAGAACGGAUGGUACUGGUCGGGAAUUCGGGAAGAUGUGAAAUACAUCGUUCAGAAUUGCCCGGCCUGCGUGGUGGACAAGGCGCCGGUACAGAUGCCUCGGACAAUGGUGCCCACUCGUGUAGAGCGCCCCUUUCAGAGGGUUAGCAUCGAUACGACGGAUAUCAAUGUUCCGAGAGGCCCCAUCGAUCAGGGAGAACUCAAUGUUCUUUUGGUAGCCGUCGAUCAUUUUUCAAAAUGGAUCGAGGCGUGCCCUAUGACCAGCCGGAAUUCGCAGGAGGUAGCCUGGUACGUAAAUCGAUUUUUGUGCAUGCAUCUAGACGUAGAAGAGGUACACAUGGACAAUGGGUCGGAAUUUCAAGGCAAGUUGCCGCCCGCUGACGAGGACGCGUCGGAGCUGCAUCGGGCGCUGUAUUCGUCGGUGGUGCUGGGCAUGUUUACCUUUUUCGUGGAGCACGAAGUUCAUAACGUCGGCGAGUUCCUCCACGUAUACUACGUGAUCGCCAAGCCGAAGCCGGAGCGGAAGGAGGGAACAAUGGCGCUUUACCCUUUUGGGAGGAUCGGAACGAAUCGCCCGGGGCUCUUACAACUCAUUCACAUUGAGUUGCUGUCCAUCGCGCAGGUAAUCGCCGCAGAAGAAGAAGACUUGCAGCUCAGACUGCGGACCGCCUCAGCCCCGUGCAGAGUGUAUAACGCGGCAGUGAUACCUGACUACCUGGCGCGUGAAGGGGAGUUCGUGGUGGACUUCGGGCACGAAGAUAAGCCGUUGCGGCCUCCAUCAUCGUAUCCAAAGCCGGCGGCCCUAAAGGCACCGAGAAAGAGAACCGUGGGGCCUGUCGAGGAGGUCGUCCAGCCUGCGCCGGUGCGCGAAGUCGAUCCGAGCUGGACACGAGCGCAUGAUAACCAAGUGCUUGAUGGCGCGGAAUGCGAGCGACAGGUCAGGUGUGAAGGCGAGUCUUUGGAACUCGGUAAUCCAGUCCUGACUGAGCAGCGUGUUCUGAUGGAGCUUGUUAAGCUUGUCCAUCGCUUGCAGGUCAGGCGGCUCCACUUGGAAUCGCUUGUGCCAGGCGUCAGUCAACUCCUGCCAAGUGAGCUUGGUGUGCAGUUCCGACACUGCUACGCCGUGGCUAGUCAAGAUGUUGUCCAUCCAUGCUUGACAUGCACCACCAGAUCGAUGGUACAAGCACGGAUGUCGAUCGUUGUUCGGGACAUGGUGCAUGUCGAGCCUGAGAGGAAACUGGCACCACCACGGGAUCGGUUCCGUCUUGGACUGAUCUCAAAAAACUGGAAUGUCAUCCAGUUUGGGUGGGCGCCGAGAGGAUGCAGCCGCGGACGUCACAGUGGCAGCAGCUUGGACCUGCGUGUCCAACUGCAAGUUCGUUGCCUGCUGCGGCGUCCGGAAAUCCUGAUGCACACGCUUAAUGUUGUUGACGUCAUCCUCCAAGACUUGAACGCGGGUGGUAAGGUUGGAAGGCCCAGCAGCUGCUACAGCAGCUGGCUGUUUCUCCAACGCCUGCAACCGUGUAAGCAUCUGGUCCACCGUCUGCUGCAGGUGAAGGAUUUCCUCCUGCUGCAUAGCGCAGGUGGCCACGAGGUCGUGGGAGAUCUGCGCAACGGCGGACAACCCUUUGUCAGUUUUCGGGGCCUCGUCUGCAAAUGCCAUCGCCACCCAAUGUGCGGUCUCAUCGCCGAUCACGGUCUUCCGCGUGAACAGUCGUUCCCGCUAGCGUGACCAGUGUUCAGCUGCUGCCUGUAGGUCUGCCUCCUCUUGACGAAGUCGGUCCUAUUCCUCC